AUGGACAGGUUUGAGGGUGAAUUUGACGUGACAGAGUCUGACGAGCAUUGCCGGCUCGUCGGACUGGAUUCACAAAUUCCAUCCAGGGCAGCUUUACGCGAGUACACUUUUACUCUUGCCUACACAAAUCCCCAACCUAUACCCAAUUCCUGGGAAUGGAUGGGCAAUGACAAUGGUCAUAGUUUUCUCGAUCCACCGCGCGAGCUGAGAGACAUGAUCUAUGUCUGCGUCUGCGACGGCAUGAGACAUGAUGAAAGCGGAUGGCGCAAAAAAGGUGCAUAUGCUGGCGACUGUAUCAUACCCGGACGGCAGCCCACCAUGUUUCAGAACUGCAACAUCAUGAGGACAUGCCGACAAGUGCACUGGGAGUUUGCCAAAGUACUCUACACACGACCCUUUACAGCUUACCGGUUAACAUACGCGCAUCUCGUCGAGAAGCUGGCGUUCAUUCAUAGCACCGACCUCCGCGACUUUCAUGAACUGAAUUACUUCCGGAAAGAAUUUCUCACAGCUACGGAUCAUUGGCGCGAUAUUGUCACAGCGGCAACGCAAUUAGUGAAGCUGUUUCCUGCUGUACAGGUUAUACGUAUUCUUCAUGAGCUUACAACACCACGCUACCCAGAUCAAACAUGGUAUUCCAUGAUCGGAACAUGCCACGCUACAAGAGAGGAGCAGGUCGAGACAGCAGAGCGAUUCCUUAGGGCGGUGCGCCUGAGCGACUCGAGGAAGAUCAAGAUUCCGUUGCAGCUGGAGUUGUUACAAUUAGAGGGGGGUAUCCUGGAUGAGAAGCCUUGGGGUGAGGCCUUGAGGAAUGUACAAGCUUCAGAGCUCCGCAAGAGGGGGCUCAAGGGAAAACCAUGA